GUAGUGUUUCCCUUUUAGGUGAACUGCGGAUCAGCCGAAACGUCAAAGUCGAUAAGAAACGCGGCGACGCUUUAUUUGUAUUUUUAUGAUUUCUCUGUAAUUUUCGUGCUUUUUUCUUCAUCACAGAUGGCUUGCACCGGAGCUAAAACACUUCGAAGAUAAAAAAAUACUUGUCCAAAAUUUAAACACAAAGUUCUGAGGCAACUCCGGAGCUUGUUUCAGGUUUCAGGAGCUGCUGUCAGCUUUUCUAGGGACUUUUUCGCUCUGUUUUUGUUCUCCUUAAGCACUGUCUCUCUGUUUGUGUGCUUUUUCGAGUCCCACCACCAGCAGCCUCUAGCUAUGUCCACCGUCGACUCGGCCGUGAGGGACGGCGACCAAAACAGAGACAACAGUAAAGACGACCCCGGAGCCAAAGUCGAGCUCCCGCAGGAGAAACCUGCCAAAGUCGGCGGAGAAGAACAAAACAACACGGCGGAGAAAGAAAACGAGCCGAGCACGACGAGCACGGACACGAAAGAGGGAGAGAACGGCAAGACGAAAGUGCUGGAGGCUCCGCCGCCCAAAGUGAACCCGUGGACGAGGAAGAGCAGCAGCACAUGUCCUCCCAGCACCCAGACUGACUCUCAGAACCCUGCCAAAGUGGUGCGCGCCAGUAAGCCCAGAUCCAGGAAGUCCAGUAAGUCAAGUGACUUCAGUGACAUCACAAACUGGCCCACUCCUGGAGAAAUAGCCAAUAAAGAGCAGCAGCAGAACGUGAUCAACACGCAGGGCCGGAAGCCGACAGUGGGACGGAGGGAGAGAAGGAGGGAUCGUGGAGGAGAGAAGAGGGAAAAGGAGAGCGGCAGCGAUGGAAGUGACAGUAAAGAAAACAGGGAGGCGCAGCAGGAGCCAAUGACUCACCUCCCCACCGAGCAGGGGAAGGAAACAGGCAAAGAGAUGCAGAACAGCGCCUCCCGUAGGAGAGGAGGCUGGAGGAGGGAGCGGGACUUCUUCAACGAUGCGUCCAGCAUCCGCAGUGAGGGCAGCAGUGUUCGCGACAGCCUCAGGGGGCGGGGCAAAGGUCGCGGCAGGGGCAGAGGUCGGGGCCGAGGUCGCUAUGACUACUCCCAUAGUUACAGGGACUCCUACGUGGAUGGGUCCUCUGUGCCCCAGGAGUUUGGCACCAAUAUGAUGUAUUUUUAUGACGACGGUAACCGGAUACAGAUGUACACCAUAGAAGAGAGUCUACUUAAAGAGUACAUCAAGCGCCAGAUUGAGUACUACUUCAGCUUGCACAACCUGGAGCGAGACUUUUUCCUGCGGAGAAAGAUGGACGCCAAAGGUUUCCUGCCCAUCUCUCUGAUCGCUGGGUUCCGCCGUGUCCAGGCCCUGACCACUGACAUCAACCUCAUCAUGGAGGCGGUUAAAAACAGUGAUGUGGUGGAGCUGGUAGAUGAGAAGAUCAGGAGAAAGGAGGAUCCAGAGCACUGGCCAAUCCCCGGACCCCCUGUGGAUUCCCCCCGCACAGACUUCACCCAGCUCAUCCACUGCCCUGAGUUCGUCCCAGGACAAACCUUCACCUGCCUCAACGCAGGCUCAACCUCCCCAACCAAUGAGAACACAGUCGAGUCCACCCCUUCCACAAACGGCCAAUUAAAUGGCAGUUCCGACACUGAGGCCAAACCCAACUCCAGCAAGUCGUCCGAAGCGGAGUCCAAAAGUGUGUCCAAGGCGGAAGAGAGGACCCCUGCUGGGCUGUCCAACAGCGUGCCUGAUGCAGAAACUCCUCGAGGUCUGUCCAGCAGUCUGCCUGACUAUGAGAACCAGUGGAUCCAGGUGGAGAAACGGCACAGAAACACCUCUGGGAAGAACAAGGAGCGUUCAGUACUGGUUCAGUCCGGUCCAGACCUGCAGCCCGAGGCCGACCAGGAGGAGCUGGACUUCCUGUUUGAUGAAGAGAUGGAAAGACUGGCAGCGCCUCGCAAAAACACUUUCACUGAUUGGUCAGAUGACGAUUCGGAUGGAGAACUGGACGACAGAGAUGUGAACAAAAUCCUGAUUGUGACUCAGACGCCCCCGCACCUGCGGAAACACCCGGGUGGCGACCGGACUGGGAACCAUGUCUCCCGCGCCAAAAUCACCGCUGAACUCGCCAAAGCCAUCAACGACGGACUCUACUACUACGAACAGGAUCUGUGGACAGAGGAGGACAAACAGCUGGACAGCACCAGCAUGAAGCAGGAACUGGAAAACUUCAAGAAAAUCAGCAUGAUCAGCCAGGACGAGUUUGACACUUUGACCCCUAAAGUACCCAUCGACCCCAAACAGGAAGUGCCCCCCCCUCCCCCUUGCCAAGAUGAGUCCAGUGUAGCCCACUCUGUCCCCACUGAUGUCCCAGAACCCUCCAGUGCUCCCCGGACCCCCCGAACCCCACGCACACCCGGCCGUCAGGACCCCACAAAAACGCCCCGCUUCUACCCUGUUAUCAAGGACAGUGGCAACAUCGAUGGACAGACUCCCCGGAAGAGGAAAACUCGACACAGCUCUAAUCCGCCACUGGAGAGUCAUGUGGGCUGGGUGAUGGAUUCCAGAGAACACAGACCACGCACCAGUUCCAUCAGUAGUUCUAAUGCAUCUCCGUCGGAGGGCGCCCCCUUGCAGUCAGGCAGUUAUGGCUGCACCCCCCAGUCUCUGCCUAAAUUCUGGCACCCGUCCCACGAGCUGCUCCAGGAGAACGGCUUCACCCAGCAGGUUUACCACAAGUACCGCCGACGCUGUCUCAAUGAGAGAAAACGGUUGGGAGUGGGUCAGUCUCAGGAGAUGAACACACUCUUCAGGUUCUGGUCCUUCUUCCUCAGGGACAACUUCAACAGGAAAAUGUACGAGGAGUUUAAGCAGUGCGCUUUGGAGGAUGCCAAAGAGAACUACAGGUAUGGCUUGGAAUGCCUGUUCCGCUUCUACAGUUACGGUUUGGAGAAGAGAUUCAGACCUGAGAUCUUCAAGGAGUUCCAGGAGGAAACCUUAAAUGACUAUGAGAAAGGUCAGCUGUACGGUCUGGAGAAAUUCUGGGCUUUUCUGAAGUACUCCAAAGUUAAGGGCCAGGUCAUUGACCCCAAGCUGCAGGAACACCUCUGCAAAUUCAAGAGCAUAGAUGACUUCAGGGUGGAGCCACCCAUGGGCGAUGAGGGGGGCCGCAGGAGGAGACACUCAUCCUCCGGAGGCGACGAGAGUAGACGCAAACGUCACAACUCUUCUUCAUCAUCCUCCUCAAAACAAGCCCCACCCACUAAGCCCUUGAAUCACCCUGCUGCUGCUGCAGCGGCCAAGACGGAUUCAAACAGUCGGUCAGCUUCCCCAGCAAACACUAAAACCACUUCAGCCAAUCAGGGGCCAGUCAAGGCAGCCUCAGGCAGUCAGUCAGGAGGUGUGGCGAACAGCAAAACCACAUCAGCCAGUCAGCCAGCUGCUGCAGGGCCCGCCAAAACACCCUCAGCCAAUCAGAAAGUAGCAACAUCAUCCGCCAAGAGCACCGCAGCCAAUGAGCCAGCUACAACCACCAGGGUCGCGCCCAAAGAAAACGUGAAGAAGAUUGCACAGUCUGAAAUGCGCAGAGGAGAGCAAGCAGCAAUCAAAACUAAAGACGCACAUCCACCAAAGAAAUGAGUUCCGGACUGCUUGGUGCUUCGAGUGACCACUGCUUCUGAUCUUAGCCUUUUUUAAAGGCUGAUUGAGGUUUACGGUUUACACCGUAAAUCUGUUCUACGAGUGAAUCAGUCAAACCGUUAAAGUGAAGCCUGAGUGUUUUAACCAUCACAGCUGCAUUGAUUUCACUACGUCUGUAUCAACCAGAAUGUUGUAUUAUUUGUCCUAGCAGACCGAUUUUGACACUUUUUUUUUUUUUUUUUAAUUGUUUUACCAUUUUAAUCAGGCACAAUCAGUGGACUGCAAAGAAUAAUGGGAGUCAAAAAGUUCUGCUGUGAAGUUUACGAACGCUGCAUCUAAUGCAGCUUAUGGACAGUGUGUUCACGUGUUGAAUGUACAUUUCUCUCUCACUGUUUUAUUUUAUCUUCAGGGGUGCCUUACAUUUCAAAAGGAAAAAAAAACAUGACAAAAGUAUAACCUAAAUGUACCAGGAGGAUAUAUCGAACUUGAUUUUGUUUCUAAGGUGUCAUAACUUUUGCUGUUUGUGUGCCUGAACAAAGUAACGCAGUCACAGAUGGGAAACAAAAUGAAGCAAGCUGACCUAUAAUAAAAUACAUUAUUUGCUCCAAAAUCUCAAAUUCUAACACAUUGUAAACUACAUUUUGCUCUUUUAAGCUUGUGGAAGGAAAACCAUGACAACAAAGUGACACUAUACAGAGUUUCUUGACGCGUAGCUUGCAUUUACCUGCAUUUAUGAUACGAGUGUUAGAAGAAUUCAGAAUAAUGCUCAAAGCCAAAAAUAAAAAGGUGGGAUUUUAAUCUCCUAUUAAAAUCCUUUUAUUUUAAUCUGCUAUUUAACAGAUAUGCUGUUCAUAUGUGUGGCCGGUGAGGGUGAGGACACCGCUGUCUCUUGGGGGUUAAACAGAGUUCUGUAGAAAAGAGCUCCGGGCUAGACAGUAGAUGGGUCAUCCCCUCCUUUUUUUUUUUUUUUUUUUUUUUUUUUUUUUUUUUUUUUUUGACUUAAAUCAGAAACAUAUCUCUACUUGAAGUUUUAUUUUCUAAGAAUUUUUAUCUUUUUAAACAAAAAGGAGCUAUAUUUCCAGAAAAAAAGUUUUAAAUUCUAUUGGAGAUGGGAUUUUUUUUUCCUUUCUAUUUUGAAUGAUGUUAUUGAUGAUAAUCCUAUUUUUUAUUGCUUAUACAGUUUAUUUGGAUAAUGCAGCUAUAAAAUACAAAUAGAAACUGUACAUAAAUAUUGUGAGAAAGUACUCUUGAUUUGGUUGAUUUAAUUUUUAUUCAUCUGUAUUGUAGUUAUGUUUUUUGCGUGCGCUGGUGUGUUUAAAUGCAUGUCAGGUUAAUUUUUUUUCUUUUUUCUGCUUAAUAAAUUGUAACAUGUACAAAAAAAUGCCUAUAUAAAAAAAUUUAUUAAAAAUCUGUUUAUAAAAACCCAA